AUGGCGAUCCCUUGUGCUUCACGAGCACGGCAUAGAUCUCGGGCCUUGCUGGUUGCAUUGGCGCUAGCAUGCCUUGUCGCGGUACAAUGCGCCUGCGGCGCCAGUGCGUUUGUGGCGCCAUACCACAGCCAAGCGCAAGCGCCAUUGCGCAGCCGUGUGCGCAUGGCCACUGCUACAGGCUUCAAAGAGGAUGAGGACGAAGAUCAGAGCGGCAAGCAGAGCGAUGACUACCCAGAGUUGUCUGCCGAAGCCUUGGGUCGCCAGCCCGGGACGUGUGACCCAUUUGACCCAAAGAGUGCGGAGUACUGUUCACCUACUGAACCGGACUCCUCUCCACUCGUAUCACGGCGUACCCUCAAGCUCGCGGCGCUCUUCGUGCUGUGGUAUGCGCUCAACAUUGGCUACAACAUCGGGAACAAGCUUGUCCUGACCGCACUUCCAACUCCCUGGUCCUCCGCAACUUGGGAGCUCUUCUUUGGGCUCCCCUACGUCGGAUUCCUUUGGCUGACGGGUCUUCGGAAGAGGCCCGUGCUCUCCUGGAGUGGGUUGAAGCUCCUCAUCCCCCCGGCCUUCUUCCUUGCAUGCACGCACGUCUUCGGCGUCAUCUCCUUUGGGGCUGGCGCCAUCUCCUUUACGCACGUGUGCAAGGCCACGGAACCGGUGUGGACCGCGCUGAUAUCAGCGAUCAUCUUUCGUGAAUUCCUGCCAAUGUCCGUCUACUUGAGCCUCAUUCCGAUCAUCUUUGGUGUGUCGUUGGCCUCCGCGCAUGAGCUCUCAUUCACAUGGAUCAGUUUCAUUGCCGCCACUGGCAGUGCUGUGACCUCUGCCAGCAAAGCCAUCCUUGGAAAGAAGGUCCUGGAUGGCAAGUCGUUGGGGAGGAACCUCACGCCCGGCAACAUGUUUGCUGUCCUGACCAUCCUCGGGUGCUUCAUGAUCCUCCCGGCCUCCAUGAUUAUUGAGGGCCCCUCCAAGUUCACGGCAGCCUGGGCUCAUGCGCGCGCAGCGGGCUACACGGCCCAGCACCUCUGGCUGAUGCUCUCCAUCUCUGGCUUCCUCUACUACACCUACAAUGAGGUGGCUUUUCUGGCCUUGAAGGAGGUCGCCCCGGUCACACAUGCUGUGACCAACACGGUGAAGCGCGUCGUCAUCAUCAUCGCCUCAGUCAUUGUGUUCAGAACGCCCAUUACGCCACUCGGAGCCCUCGGUUCCAGCCUGGCCAUCAUCGGGGCCCUCUUGUACUCGCUUGCAAAGAACCAGAAGAAAUGA